CCUUAAACUACUCUGUGUCUGUGUGUGUCAAACUUAAAAUCAUACCAUCAUAUCCUGGGUGGAGCUUGAAGUUACAGAAAAAGCAUUAAAAAAAAAAAACUCAGCCUGUUACAGCACACAGGAGGAAGAAGAGAGAGAGAGAGAAACAGGGGGCCGGUAGAAGCAUGUUCUAGCAAGCUGAGAGACAAGGCCGUCAAAUUACAUAGAAGAGAGUGGGAGCAAACUACAUUCAAGGCACAUCUAAUACAGCUUCUUCAAGGGGAACAUUGGCACACACUUUAAGGAGUGUCAGACAUCACCAAAGCAGCUUAACGUUCUUCCCAGGUGGGAUGCUGUUUACUAGUCUCACUCACUAGUAACAACUUUGCCUCUCUUUUUUAUGCUUAGCCCAAGCUGUACAUCAUCAAGCUUUGAGACUGGACUGUUCCACCUGGAAUUGGAUGCUCUAAAAGUAUUUAGCUCGAAACAAGUCUUGAUAUAAGUCGGCCAAGUGGGGGAAAAGAAAAAAUUGGAGGGACAAGGCAGGUAACAAGGAAACCCUUAAAGCCUGGAAGUCAAGACGGUUCUUCUUUUUGCGGUAUCGUAAAAAUUUCGACCAUGGGGCUCCACUGGAUGUGGUCAUUGGUUUUGAUAGUGGACCUUCUCCAUGUGGCUAUGUCAAUGUCUACGUGCAAGGCGGUGGACAUGGAACAGGUGAAGAAGAGGAGGAUCGAAGCCAUUAGAGGGCAAAUUCUUAGUAAACUGAAGCUCACUGAACCUCCAGAAGUAGAGAGCGAGGAGAUCACAGUUCCCACAGAGGUUCUGUCUGUUUACAAUAGCACAGUGGACAUGAUAAAAGAAAAAAUAAAGAAGGAAAAGCCUGUCGUGGAGGAAUAUUACUCCAAACAGGUUGAAAAGAUCGAGAUGACCGCGACUGAAUCUACAGAAGGUAAGCCCAACGAGUUCAUAUUCACCUUCAACAUGACCCAAGUAAGGGAGAGUGUGGUAACUCAAGAAAUGCUGCACCAGGCUGAACUGCGAAUAUUUCGGAAAAAGUCGACAAAAGCGACAAAGAAUACAGAGAUCAGACUGGAGCUGUACAGAGUUGACAGCAACAUCUCCUCUCGAUUUCUUGAUAGCAUGUAUGUAUGGAUAACAGAGGAAGAUGACUGGAUUUCAUUUGAUGUGACAGAGUCCAUAAAGCGAUGGUUGUCUUAUCCAGGUAUUCCUUCAUCUCUCACAAAUGAGAAACAAAGUUUCAGACUGCAAAUGCCUUGUUCUUGUUCAAGCGUCACGGAAGAUGAAAAGAUGGAAAUUGGUGGGUUCUCAUUGAAACGAGGAGACAUGAAAGAGUUAUCACGGAAUGAAUUUCCUCCCUACCUCCUAAUCACGUACACCCCAGUGGGGCGAAUGGAGCAGAAUCCCACCACCCGCCGCAGGAGAGCAGUGGAUGAGGAAUACUGCCGCACGAACAGUGGGAAGAACUGCUGUGUAAAACCUCUUUAUAUUAACUUCCGAAAGGAUCUUGGCUGGAAAUGGAUUCACGAACCUAAAGGAUAUGAAGCCAAUUAUUGUUUAGGAAAUUGUCCAUUUAUUUGGAGCAUGGACAAACAGUACAGCAAGGUCCUGUCUCUCUAUAACCAGAACAAUCCAGGUGCCUCUAUCUCGCCAUGCUGUGUACCGGAAGUCUUGGACCCACUCCCUAUUAUCUACUACGUUGGCCGAACGCCAAAAGUGGAGAAACUGUCCAACAUGGUGGUCCGAUCUUGUCAGUGCAGCUGAGACAUAACACUGGAGGUCAGAGGUUAAGGAAACAACACGGUACUGGACUUUGCUACCGCCAACAAUAAACAGAAAGACCUGUGGUCAGAACUUGCCCUUGCACAAAAAUUUGAGGUCUUAGGUCAAAAGAAACUUUCCCCUCAGUGUGCUUGGGUUCAAAGUUCAGCAGACAAUAUUCCUGCUAAGUAUAAAUAGCUGCUCGGCAACACCACCGGUAUACAGUAACUCACCAUUUUCCCACAAGUUCAGCACUCCCGAAGAGCCUUGCCCUUCUACUCCCUUUGCUAUACAAACUGUUUUUCGUAACAUUGUAUGUCAUUGGGAAACACCAAAGUCAAACUGGAAUAUACAAGCCUAGUAAGCAUACCAAGCAAACCAUGGACAAGCAAAGAAAAUCCAAGAAAGUUUCCUCACCCACUAUGGCUAUGACUUUCUUCUGCUGGCUGUGCCAGCUUGGUAGAGUGGUGAGCAUGAAGCCUAGAUGAUAUCUCAGUCAUUACCAAGAAAAUGAACUAAGGAGUGACGGAGGUUGCUCAGUACGUUCGAGCAGAGCUUUGAGUCUACAUCAGCUCAGUGACAUGUCAAGGCACUUCCACUCCUUUGGAAAGAGUCGCCCCAUUAUUGUUCUUGUCUUGGGCAACACAAGAUAGCAGACUGAUAUGUAUUAUAUACUAUGAAUUAUGAAUGAGACGUAAUUCCAAGAGUGUCUUAAAUCAGGUAGGAUGAGUUGAUGUGCAGGUUGUCCCUGUAUUGUGGCAUCAUAACCCACCAGUUGCUGCUGUACCUAUACCCACUACCACAUUUGCUAUCUUGUUCAUCUUCAUUUUAAAGAUUAUUAUAAUACAUUUGAUUCCAUAGCAUACACAGAGAUCCACAGGCACAUUAAAUCGACCCAAAUGAGACUGCUCUUUUUUUUUUAACUAGCCAACCCUGGACCGUCAAAGCCAGUAAAAAUAGCAGAAUACAUAAAAUACUUACCUCGGCUGCAAAAACUUCUGUUCUGGUAUUUGUGAUUGGCUAGUUAUAUGACGAUCGCUUAUGCGAUGCCUGCCUGUUGAAUGGUGUAUUGAAAUUAAUGUAGAGCCACUUUCUGGCUGAUUUUCCCCUUCAAAAUUCUCACAAGACCAGUUGGGUUCUGGAGGAGCAUUUAAUGUAGCCAGAGUAAGGGUUCAACGCUUAUGUUGCCUUUGCUGACUAAAAGGUAGAAUUUCUACAAAAAAAAACACCCUUGCUUUUGAAAAGCCACUCUUUAGUAAGAAAAGCAGACAUAAGCUUACAGGUGCUCAGUAACCAUCAUGAAAAGUCGAGUUCUGCUCCUCUAAGGAUGGAGCCAAGUCAUAGCUGCUGUCAGUAAAGAUGCUCGCCAAUCUGUCCUUCUUACAUAAUUGCUGUGACUCGCUUAUGAGAGUCAACCAGCCUCUGCGCAGGAAACUUGCUGACUCUUAAGCCUCGUACACACGAUCGGAAAUUCCGACAAGAAAAGUCUGAUGUGCGCUUUUGGUCAGAAAUUCCA